AUGACCACAUGGAUGGCGCUGUUCGGGUUAGUGUGGCUACUGCGAGUACGCGGAUCAUUGUGCGGAUGCUCGGCGUGCAAACGAGCUCGCAAUGAGUUGCAGGAGACGAGAGAACUGCAAGAGCCGCAGUGCAGCAGCGAUCCCGCCACCAUCACUUCAGAGCGUCCGCCCUUCGAUGUCAUCGCACUCCAAAACUACACGCGGGACGCAUCCGUGCAGACAGACUUUGACGAUGAUGAUGCCGAGGACCUGGACAAGAUCGAACUGCAGAUCUGCGAAGGAUCGAACGUUGGCAACUAUGAAAGUGGACGGGAACAAGCGACGCAAAAUCCAGAAGUCGAACACUGUACUACAGAAAGCUUACAGUCUUGUUCCGACUCAGAUGGUGAUUCGGUAUGGGAGACUGCUGAUGUGACAUUGGAACGAGGUACAAAUGGUCUCGGUCUUAGUAUAGCGGGUGGCGAAACCGGCGGUGAUAUUAGUAUAACAAGAUUGGCAACAGGCGGUGCAGCAAGAAAUGACGGGAGACUGCAAAUUGGUGAUAUUUUGCUAAAGGUAAAUGACGUCUCUUUGGAAGGAGCGCCGCACUCAGUGGCAGUAGAUGCUUUGCAAAAUGCAGGAAAUAUUGUAAAAUUGAGAAUUCGAAGGGCAAGACGUCCGAGAGUUGUCACAUUAUGGAGAGGAGUGCGAGGGCUGGGUCUUGGGAUUGCUGGGGGAUCGGAUGACGCAGCAGGAGGCGGAGGCAUCUUUAUCUCUCAUAUAGCUGUAGGAGGGGCAGCACACCACGACGGCAGACUUCGACUUGGGGAUAAAAUAUUGGCUGUUAGGGAUGAAGAUGGUAUUGAAACAUCGUUAAUUGGUGCAACGCAUGCAAAGGCUGUCACAGCCUUACGCAAUACUGGAGAACAUGUAACACUGGUAGUUUUGCCAGCUGCCUCCAUUCCACCUGCAUCUCAAACGGCCCAGCUUUAUACGACAAGAACACAAGCUACUUCGUGUUCGACUCUUCAUGAACUCACUGAAGAAGAGCCAAGUAAUAUUCCCAGAUGCGUGCGCAUGGUUCGACUGGUACGGUCUGGUUCACGUUUAGGAAUGGACAUUGUCGGAGGUCUAGGGGGUGGUGACUCAGACACUUGCGCUGGAAUUGAAGAGGAAGCCUGUGGGGUUUAUGUAUCCGGAGUUACAGUCGGCGGGUCAGCCUACGGAAUGCUGUACAGGGGAGAUCGCAUAUUGAGUGUCGACGGGCGCGACCUUACACGUGCAACUCACGAACAAGCUGCAGCCGCACUCAAGUAUUCUGGGAGUGCAGUAACCAUCGCGGCGCAGUACCAACCCGAACAUUAUGAAAGGCUACGAGCACGUAUUAGAGCGAUUAACGCAGCGGCCAUGUCACCACAUAGAUCACACGCCACUCAUGUUCCCGUGCACCCUGAUUUACAUGCGAUGUAUCCCAGG